UACUGUUUUGCUGCCAGGAUUUAUUAGAUGUCUUUUAAGAUCUUUAAUUAUUAUCUUUUAAAUCGCUCUUUUUCCUCGAUGCCUCAAGUUUCCUUUCAGAUAUUUUGUUUUCACACUUAAAACUUGACAGAAAUCCAGUCGGUACUGCUCAAAAAUAUUUCAAACCUUCAUAAUGGGUCUCUUCAAAAAACCCAAUAGAAAAUUUCGCCAGCGAGAAGUACGGAAUGAUUCUGAUGAAGAAAGUACUACAAGUGAAGCUGUGCUUAAUAAAGAAAAAUCCUUAAAUACUGAGCUGAAAGAUAAAGCCUCAACGGUAGAAGCAGAAUGUGUAGCUUCAGUUUCUACUGGAACUGGAAACUCAUCUGGAAUUGCGCUUAAAGAAAAGGACGAAAAAAUUGAUACUUCCAUACCUAAGGCGACAAAACUUCUAAGUUUUCAUGAUGAAGAAGAUGAUACUGAAGUUUUCAAGCUUAAAAAAUCAAAUUACAGCCGUCGAUUGGCAAAACAGAGAGAAAGGGAAAGGAAGAAAAAAGAAGAGUCCCUGCAAGUGGCAUCAAGAUUCCAAGAAGGCCCUACAGAUGUAAAAUCUAAAGGGAGAAAUGAAAAUAAAGCUGAAAGUAGUUCUAAAGAGCCUUGGAAUAUUUUAGCUGGAAAGGAUGCUGAAGAUAUGGAGGUUGAUUCAGAUGAAGAAAAGGAAAAAAGCCACCCAUUUAAAAAUGUGUUGCAAAGUGGAGUUAUCCCAGAUGCUGCAACAAUUUAUGCUAUGAAGAAACAUAGACAGAUGGCUCGAGAGAUGGGAGACUUUAUUCCAGUUGAAGAUCCUGAAAAGAGUGAAGAUGGUAAAUCAAGGCUAGUUAGGGAAGAUGAUAAUGAUAGAAGUGAUGAUGAUGAUGACGAUGAACCAUCUAGGUUAAGUUUUACUGUUAAUACUGGUGCUGUUGAAAGGCAGAAAAUUCGGGAAACUUUUCUUUCAUUACAAGAUGGAUCUACGAAUGAGUUAGAGAAUGAAGACGCAGCAGAAUUAGAUCGAUGGGAAAGAGAACAAAUACGGAAAGGAGUUGGAGUUGUUCAGGUUGGCUCAACCGAAAGUGCAACUGUUACUGAAACACCAGUGUUUACCUAUCCCCCUAUUGGAAUUGAAAAUAUUCAACCUUUUGACACCAAUGCAAACCAACCCCAAUUUCCGAUGUCUAAUCAAAGACUUGAUGCAUUACUUAAGAAGAAUGAAACGGUGCUCACGACAAGUGAUAUAAAAGCUCGUCUCGAAGAAAGGCUCUCUGCACUAAAGACUUUGUACAAAGCUCAUGUGCAAGAACAACUGAACUGUGAAAAAGAGCUAGUUGAAAACAACGAACUAAUAAAGAAGUUGGAAAGGGAAGCUCCUGAAAGAGCUCGAAAUUUCUCUCUGUACCAACAGAUGAGUGGGUAUGUGAAAGACUUGGUUGAAUGUCUAGAUUUAAAGGUUGCUCACCUGGAACUUCUCGAUAGUAAAAUGAUGGAUCUAUAUAAAUCCAGAGCGCAGAAAUUUUCUUCACGCCGUCAACAAGAUGUGAGAGAUCAGAGUGAUGAGUUUUCGGCUCUGUCAAGUGAAAUUUUAAAGGGGGUUAGUGCAGAAUUUUUAAAUGAGAAGAAUACUUGUUCUGAUGAGUUAAAAUUGAGGCGUGCAGCUGAAAGAGAAGGAAGACGUAUGAGGAGAAGAAAACACAGAGAAAAAAUGAUGCUCAUUGUGAAACAUCAAGAUGGAAUGUCGUCUGAUGAUGAGGAACCAGAUUUGGAAGUUAUUAGAUUCAAAAAGAUACGAGAAACAAUUUUAGAUGAAGCUAACACUAUUUUUGAAGACGUUGUUGAAGAAUUUGGCACUUUGGAAGGUGUGAUGUCGAACUUUGAGAAAUGGAAAGCUGAGCAUCAUGAAUCAUAUAGUGAAGCUUUUGUGCCUCUCUGUUUACCAAAAAUUUUUGGUACAUUUGUGAGACUGGCUCUUUUAGAUUGGAACCCUCUUGAAGAGGAAAGGAAUUUUGAAAAGACUACUUGGUAUCGUCAACUUGUGUUUUAUGGGUAUUUUAAUAGAAGUGACAGAGAGGAUAAUUCAGUAGACUCAGAUGCUAACUUACUUCCGGGAAUUAUGGAGAAAAUUGUGAUCCCGAAAGUAACUGGUUUUAUUCAAAAUGUUUGGGAUCCUCUCUCGCAAAAGCAAACUAUAAGACUUGUUGAGUUAAUAAAAGAUUUAUCAGGAAACUACCCUACCAUUAAUGGUAAAAGUAAGCAAUUUCAGUCUUGUCUGAAAGCUGUUACCAGUAGGAUCUAUAAAGCUUUAGAUGAUGAUAUUUUUAUUCCAUUAUAUCCUAAAGAACUGUUGGAAAGUAGAUCAUUAGGAGCAUCUGAUUUUUUUCAAAGGCAGUUUUGGACUUCUGUGAAGUUUCUUCAAAACAUUCUCAUGUGGGAUGGUAUUAUUGCUGAGCAGCCUAUGCAACAUAUGGCGUUAGCAUCUUUGUUAAAUAGAUACUUAAUGAUGGGUUUACAUACAUCCAUCAUGAUGAGAGACACAUUGGACAAAUGUAAAGUGAUUGUAGCAAGUUUACCUAAAAACUGGUUCAAGUCGCCAAGAAAAGAAAUAACACUACCUUUAUUGAAGCAGUUUUGCUCAUACUUACUAAAGUUUGCUGAUGCCUACAGUUCACAGUGUAUGAAAAAAGGACAUUUAGAAGAUGAUACCAAAGAUGUUGUUAAAGAUAUUGUUCAAUUGCUCUUGACAGUUAACUAUCGGGAUGAAGCAGUCAGUUUAGCAAAGAAAUACUCUGUCAGUUCUUUCAAGAAUGGAUGAAAGAAAUCUUAAAGUACCUGUGUCUACAGAUGUAUGAUAAAAAUUUUAAUAAAUCAGUGUAAUCAAAGAGCUAUUUAUAAACAUUAAAAUGUUUGUUUUUAUUUUA